UCUAUGAAACAUAUAUUAGAUUUGUUCAUAUCUCACGAAGACAUUUAAAUCUAAAAUAUCUAAAUAUAUCUUGUUUAUUUAUAGUUUAAUUAAAGUAUAAUACUAUUCGAAAAGACAUGUCUAGCGGUAGACUAGACAUUCAAGGUUUUACAGUUUCAACGAUUUGUGAUUUUAAAUAAAUACCAUUAUUUAUGAAUAGAAAACACUGGUUGUAAUAUACACGAAAAAUUGCACAUACGUAUUAUCAUUCGCAAGUUUUUCAAAUACGAACGUUUUUUUUUUUCAAAUGUCCUCGUAAAAUUCAAAAUGCGUCAAAAUGACGUGCCUAUUUAAAUAAUAAUACAUUCAUACGUUGUACGUCCGUCAACAAUAUUACGAUCCCUAUAAAGGAUAUCCCACCUAUGGAUGCCGUUAGUAAUUACUAUACCGUAUGUUACUACUCAACAUACGCUAUAAUUUUGUUCUUCUUUAAUAGAAGUGAAUUAUUUAAAUUUACGGUAGUUCUUCUUGUGAUCUUUUAUCUAUAUAUGCAUGUGUGACGGAUAUAAAAGCGAGCUUGUACAAUUAAAUAAUGAAGAAAUGCGCGAUUAUAAAAGCAAGUUGUGAGAUAAAUUGAGCGAUUAACAUGGAACAAUGAAAGAUCGAAAGCUAGGAUGCGCGAAGGGACGAUUGCGCAGUUCCCAGUUGGAUUUGUUUCCGCUAGAUGGAAGACUAGUCAAGGAUUAUAUAAGGACCCUGUAGGAGGGACGCGCCAUGUACAUUGCUAGGCUGAAAAUGUGGGGGGACAGCUCCGUUGCAUUAUGCGCAGCCAUGUUUAUCUUUAGUAUGUAUUAACGGCUGUGGUUAGUUGAAUCAUUCGCGCGCAAUCACGUGACUACACGAGUUUCUGUCCCCCAGUAAUGUACAUGGCGCGUCCCUCCUAUAGGGUCCCUAGGAUUACAUACAGUAAAAAGGUUAUGUUUUAAAACUUGCCACCUAUCUGAUACUCCUGGCUUCAUCUAUCGUUAAGUACACGGAGGAUAAAUACUAGGAGUCCGAACGAUGUAGGAUUUUUCACAUUUUUUGUGGUAGUCAUUUCUUGACCCAGAUCAUAGUUCUCUUUUUUGCUAUUGGCUGCGCAAGUAUUCAGAGCGUACCGAUACUAUUAUUAUUAUUACACAAUUAUUUUUAUUAAAAAAUGGGAAAGUGUUGUGCCGUUUAUGGUUGCCUUAGUGGCCGAAAGGCAAGUGAGAAUUUAGGAAAAGUGGCUUUAUUCAAAACACCAAAAAGCUGUCAAUAGAGCAACAAGACUUCCUGCGUAAGUAUUUAAACGAGUACUCUGUGAAAAGCAGCGCGCCCUAGCGGCAAAAUAUCUUGUCCCCUAAAUUGAUACUAUUCUUUCAACAUUACGUUCGGACUCCUGGUAUCCAUUCUUCGUGGUUAAGUACGAAAAAUUGAAAGACAACAAUGAUUCAGGGCAAGAAACAGUUUUAAAAAUAUGUUUAUAAUUGCUGAAAAUAGUUAAGUUAUUAAGAGUUUAAGAACAUUUGAGAGUUUUCUUUCUAUUUAACAAAGACAUUUGUCGGGACUGCUCAUCCUAAAACGCAUUAUAGUGGUCGGUGCAAGUUGCUACAUUUUUCUUCUUUAAUCAACAAUAAAAUAUGAAUACAAAAGAAAAAGAAAAAUAUAUCGAGGAAUUUGAUUUUCCUCAUUGCGACGAAUCAUCGAAAUAUGAAAAAGUCGCCAAAAUUGGUCAGGGCACGUUCGGGGAGGUAUUCAAAGCAAGGGAUAAAAAAACUAGUAAAAAGUUUGUUGCUAUGAAAAAAGUUCUAAUGGAUAACGAAAAGGAAGGGUUUCCUAUAACUGCGCUAAGAGAAAUAAGGAUAUUACAAUUAUUAAAACACGAAAAUGUAGUGAGUCUUAUAGAAAUUUGUAGAACAAGGGCAACACAGUAUAACCGAUACCGCUCCACUUUUUACCUUGUAUUCGACUUUUGCGAGCACGAUCUAGCCGGUUUAUUGUCCAAUGUUAAUGUUAAAUUCAGUUUAGGAGAAAUUAAGAAGGUUAUGCAACAAUUGUUGAAUGGUCUUUAUUAUAUUCACAGUAAUAAGAUUUUACAUAGAGAUAUGAAGGCUGCUAAUGUUCUAAUAACAAAGAAUGGCAUAUUGAAGCUAGCUGAUUUUGGUUUAGCAAGAGCAUUUAGUGCUAAUAAGAAUGGUCAACCAAAUCGUUACACAAAUAGAGUCGUUACUCUUUGGUAUAGGCCACCAGAAUUACUGUUGGGAGAUAGAAAUUAUGGUCCACCGGUAGAUUUAUGGGGUGCUGGAUGUAUAAUGGCUGAAAUGUGGACAAGAUCACCUAUAAUGCAAGGAAAUACAGAGCAACAACAAUUGAUAUUAAUUUCACAAUUGUGUGGUUCUAUAACGACAGAGGUUUGGCCAGGUGUAGAACGUUUGGAAUUAUUUAACAAAAUGGAUCUGCCGAAGGGUCAAAAAAGAAAAGUUAAAGACAGACUAAAGCCAUAUUUGAAAGAUCCCUACGCUUGCGAUUUGUUGGACAAACUUCUGAUCCUAGAUCCUAGUAAAAGAUUUGAUUCAGAUUCUGCAUUAAAUCAUGACUUUUUCUGGACAGAUCCAAUGCCUUGCGAUCUAAGUAAAAUGUUGGCGCAACAUACGCAAAGCAUGUUUGAAUAUUUAGCGCCGCCAAGGAGGCCUGGCCAUAUGCGACAUCCUCAUCAUCAAGUACCAGGGGGUCCAGCAAAACCCAGUUCAAGUAUGGCUGAUAGUGGAUAUCAAGACAGAGUUUUUUAAGUAAAUCAGUAGAAGGAAGAGAAGCAUUCAUCAUAAAAUAUCCUACAGCAUUUUUAUUUUCUAGUUGUUUUCUAUCAAAAAAUAUAUUACAGGAUUAUUUAUAUAAAAAUAGAAGAGAUAUUUUAGUCCACGUCCUCUUUGAACAUAUAUUUUCAUUGGCUUAUCAAAUGAAAAAAGAUAUCUUAUUUUUGUUGAUAAAAUAAUACCAGCCAAUAAAAUAUGCAUUUAUGAUUUUAUGAUCACUUUUUCGAAAUAUCUAGUUUGGAUAUUCGGAUUAUUCAUUUAGAAUGAGAUUAAUUAAAGAAUAUAACUAAGUAUUUCAAACUUAAUAUGUAAAAUAAAAAAACUUGUAUUUUUUUAUACGAAAAAGAAAACAAAAACUUCUUCGGUUGCAACACAAUCAUAGUCGUUCUUUUAUUGUUGUCUUCUUUAUGCUUUAUGCCUAUAUGUUACACACAGUCAGAGUAUAUAUAUAUAUAU